AUGGAAAUGAGAUUUCCUUCUCGACAAACAACGCAUGUCGCAUGUGAUGGCAUGAGUAUCGAGGAACUGAAGAAAAACGUAUUGGGAGAAUUCUUUGGUGGUGGUGGCUGUGGGAUGACUUUCGAUUUAAGCUGUUGGUCACCCAACACAAACGAGCUUGCAACUGAGAUUACAACCCCUCUUGUCAUGGUAACGAGUGUUGCUUCCAUAUCCUAUUUCUGCAAGCAUUACAGUGUCAAGCAUACAAUGAACCUGUUUGCUACCUUCGCCAAACGAGUCACAUGUACCCCCUCCCCCACUCUGAGGUGGAUGAGCCUUCCGACGGUUAUACAACACAUAAACCGACGAUGA